AGAUGACUUGUUUUGGAAGAGAUGACUGCGGUUAGAGCGAGAAUGCCGUUCUAGUCCACCUUCAACGCCGCUGACGUGUCGCCGUAGAACGCGCCAUCGUCCCCCGUCACGACCAUUGAAAUGUGGAGUAAUAAAGAAAACAAAGAUUCAAACACAUUCCGAAGAUUCGAACUCCUUCUCGGAAAAUUCCAGAGAUUUGAAUCAAUCUCUCUUCCCAUUCAAACUCAAAAACCCUAAUUUUCAAUGUUAAUCUGUAUAUAUUGAUGGAUAUACAUGUAGAUGUGCGACUCCUAAUGUAAUGCGCGUCGGAGAUGCCGAGCGUGGCUGUGAAAUUGUACAGCGUUUUGUUCAAAUUCCUCCUCAAACGCCGAUUGCAGACAUUGAUCGAGUCUCCGAUCAGCAACGAUUCCGAUCGUGUAUACGGCGUCGUUACGCGCCCUGACGAGGCCAUCGCCGCCGUCAACCCUAGCUUCGGCGAGGACGGCGUCGCCACUAAGGAUCUCCACAUUGACCCCUCGACUUCUCUGUCUCUCAGGAUUUUUCUCCCCUAUUCCGCUGUCGCGUUGCCUGCCGCAAUCCCUAAGGUCAAAGCUAGGGUUUCGUCAGCGAGAGUGAGCUCCAGGGACGAGAAGAGUCCGGCUUUGUCUGAAAGUGGAGGGUAUGGAGGGUAUUUGCCGGAUAAGAAUGGAAGGAACUGUAGGAAAUUGCCGGUGAUAUUGCAGUUUCAUGGUGGUGGGUGGGUGGGUGGGGGUUGUGACACCGUUGCCAAUGAUUUGUUUUGUAGAAGGAUAGCCAAAUCCUGCGACUCCAUUGUUGUGGCAGUCGGUUACAGGCUGGCUCCUGAGAGCCGCUACCCGGCUGCGUUUGAUGAUGGGUUGAAGGUGUUGAAUUGGCUUGCAAAACAGGCGAAUCUAGCUGAGUGUAGCAGGUCGUUUGUGAAUGGGAGGCCGGUGGGGGGCGAAGAUGGGAGGAGAAGGCAAAUAGUUGAUGGUUUCGGCUCUUCAAUGGUUGAGCCUUGGUUAGCUGCCCAUGCUGACCAUUCCAGGUGUGUUGUCCUUGGAGUCAGCUGUGGUGCUAACAUUGCGAACUAUGUCACAAGAUAUGCUAUUUCGUCUGGGAAACAUUUGGACCCGGUGAAGAUAGUGGCUCAAGUCCUUUUGUACCCUUUCUUCAUAGGUACCACCCCAACACGUUCCGAGAUCAAAUUGGCCAACUCCUACCUAUACGACAAAACCAUGUCCCUCCUUGCAUGGAAGCUUUUCUUACCAGAAAAUGAAUUCAGUUUGGAUCAUCCAUCAGCCAACCCUCUCGUCCCUGUAAAAGGUGGGGAGAUGGCCCUAAAGCAUAUGCCCCCAACACUCACAGUGGUCGCCGAACAUGAUUGGAUGCGGGAUAGGGCAAUUGCGUACUCAGAGGAGCUUAGGAAGCUUUAUGUAGAUGCUCCUCUUCUUGAUUAUAAGGACACGGUCCAUGAGUUUGCUACCCUUGAGGUGCUGCUAAAGACCCCACAAGCUCAGGCUUGUUUAGAGGACAUUUCUAUAUGGGUCAAAAAGUAUAUAUCAAUCAGGGGCCAUGAAUUCUCUUAUUGAUUGAUUGAUAAGAAAAUCUGAAAUUGCAGCAAUGUUAUAAGGAAUGUUGCGGCUUCGUGGAUCGAACAGACAUAUGUAAUUUGAUGACAAGCUUGAGAAGGCUGAAAGAUGGUCUGUGCAUUUAUCAAUGCAGGUUGGACACACUCAAUAUAUACUUUCUUGCAUUGGAACAUUUGAUGUAUUAUACAUGUGCAGAGUAGGUUUCAAUCACAAAAUAAGACGUUUUUUUUGGG